GACAACAUGGCCGACGAAAUACUACAAAAGUUGUGCAGUUCGGCAAAAUUAGACCGAGAUCGCGGAUACCAAAACUUACUGAGCCAUAUUCAUACAUUGGAGGAAGAUGGACUCUGUGAUCUAGAACAAAAAUUUAUUAAUUUGUUGGCUGACAGUACUACUCAAUGGGAGACAAAACAUGGAGCUCUCAUGGGAUCCAAGGCACUGCUGCUAAGUGGAAAUACAACUGACGAUUUUGUCGUUGAUAUGAGGGCUAAAGCAGUUGAUCUUUUGGACGAUGUGGAAUUUAGAGUCAGAAUAGCAGCUGGUGAAGUGUUGGGAGCUUUGUGUAAGAAAGUUGGUCCCGAAAUCUAUAAUAGAUCCAAAACAGUAAUACUCGACAAAAUCAGUGUAAACUUGGAGCGAGAUCCAAUGAUGGAAGUGGAUAAGACUGAGCAUGAUGAGACUACUAAAUUGAUGGAGAAACUCAGCAGUUCGCCUGGGCGGAGGGGAAGUGCUGAUGCCGAACAAAUAUUUCAUGACACAGCUGGAUGGAAAAAUUUAGAAACAUCAAUGAAAUGCCUUCAGUCUGUAGUGGAAGGCUGCAGUCAUCAGUUUGCAGAGUUUGUCAAUCAAGAGUUACUGGACUUGAUAUUUCGUGCUCUAAAGCACACCAACAGAUUUGUACGAGAAACAGGGUUUUAUGUUUGUGCUUCAAUAGUUGCAACUGGCUUGUCAGAGGAAGCUAUGGAACAAGAGAUGCCAGAGAAUAACCCACUGUAUCAGUAUGGACAGCAGUUUGCUGUGUAUCUGGCCCUAGGACUGGCUGACAACUGGAGUCAGGUAAGCAUUGACGAACUCCAGUUGGAUACU